AGAUGUUUGAAAAAGGUGCUGUAUUUUUUGGUGUUAUUCUUCUCGGAUUGUACCAUGACACGAAAGCACAGUGUGGUUUGGAUGUUAUAUAUAUAGCAGACUUUAGCGAAAGUAUAUCUGAUGCAUCCAGGCAAAUCCUUAAAGAUGGUGCCCAAAUGAUGGUCAACAGGUUGGAAGAAUACACUGGCAUUGGGGAACUGCAACAAAAUUCACUUUUUGGCGUGAUUCUGUUUGGAAAAACAGUGGUGAAGGCAGUUGAUUUACAAUACCACAGAACUAAAAUUGCCAUAGAUGCGCAAAUUGCCGCUAUAUCUACUGAUAAGUUGAACUCAAACACAAGAACGUAUCUUGCUCUACAAGAAGCUAAAAUCCAAUUUGAAACAUUUGGCAGGCCUAAUAAUAAAAAAUUUCUAUGUAUCGCCACUGAUGGUGCAACUUAUCCACAUCAUAAACAUGAGGAUACACUACUAAGGGCUCGAGAACUUUUGGCUGCUAAUAUACCAAUAAUUGUAGUUAGACUUCAAAAUGAUUUUGGAUCAGCUGCCACGGCCACACAGCAACAGAUGGAUACAGAGGUGGCGGUGAUGUCGAAUUAUAACCCAGCUCGGGUAUAUGAGUCAAAUCCAAUGACAUGGACACCAGCCUAUCUAACUCUUAUUAUAGAUCACAUUUUUGUUGGUUCAAACCCAGCUGGAAUAGACACAAGUUGUGGAGGUGGUGGAUGUAGUUGUGCUAAUGGAUAUACCUAUAUUGGAUCAAACUGCCUCAGAUGUGGCAAUCAGGUUGGCUGUGUGAAGAUUUAUGAUACAUUUGAAGCAACAUGGAGUCAAGCAGAGGCAAUAUGCCAGAUGGAGGGUGCACAUCUUGUUCGCUGGAACAAUGAUGCUUGCUAUAAUGAUAUUGAUCAAUUUAUCUCGAAUGCAGGAUAUAUUCAGAACAGAUACUUUUGGUCUUGUGCUGCAUAUGUGAAAUACUCUUUUGCAUGUGACCCUACAUGUUAUGAAUUUAUUAAUGAUACUACGGAAGGAACAGGUGGUAAAUCUUCGGGAGGAGGAAAAAGUGGUAAAUCUUUAGGAGGAGGAGAGGGUGGUAAAUCUUCGGGAGGAGGAAAAAGUAGUGGUAGCGGAACCUCUGGUGGCACAUAUUGCUACACACUGAAGUAUGAUGUCUCAAAUCAGCUCACAAGUACAUCAGCCAAAAAUUGUGGCACUACAAAGUUUUUCAUAUGUCAGAAAGGUUGUUACUAAGGUGAAAUCAGAGUCCAAUAAAG